AUGGCGGCCGCCGACGGGGUCGGGGAGGCCUCGCAAGGCGGGGAGCCCGGUCAGCCGGAGCCGCCGCCGCCGCCCCAGCCGCAUCCUCCUCCGCCGCCUCCCCAGCCGCCGCAGGAAGAGGCGGCGGCGGCGUCCCCUAUGGACGACGGGUUCCUGAGCCUGGACUCGCCCACCUAUGUCCUGUACAGGGACAGAGCAGAAUGGGCUGAUAUAGAUCCAGUGCCACAGAAUGAUGGCCCCAAUCCAGUGGUCCAGAUCAUUUAUAGUGAGAAAUUUCAGGACGUCUAUGAUUAUUUCCGGGCUGUCCUGCAGCGUGACGAGAGAAGUGAGCGGGCUUUUAAAUUAACCAGAGAUGCUAUUGAGUUAAAUGCAGCCAAUUACACAGUAUGGCAUUUCCGGAGAGUUCUCUUAAAGUCCCUUCAGAAGGAUCUACAUGAGGAAAUGAACUACAUCUCAGCAAUAAUUGAGGAGCAGCCCAAAAACUAUCAAGUCUGGCAUCAUAGGCGAGUGCUGGUGGAAUGGCUGAGAGACCCAUCACAGGAACUUGAGUUUAUUGCGGAUAUUCUUACUCAGGAUGCAAAGAAUUACCAUGCCUGGCAACACCGACAGUGGGUUAUUCAGGAAUUUAAACUUUGGGAUAAUGAGCUGCAGUAUGUAGACCAACUUCUCAAAGAGGAUGUGAGAAAUAACUCUGUCUGGAACCAAAGAUAUUUUGUAAUUUCUAACACUACGGGCUACAAUGAUCGUGCUAUAUUGGAGAGAGAAGUCCAGUACACUCUGGAAAUGAUCAAGCUAGUCCCACAUAAUGAAAGUGCGUGGAAUUAUUUGAAAGGGAUUUUGCAGGAUCGUGGUCUUUCCAAAUAUCCCAAUCUGUUAAAUCAAUUACUUGACUUACAGCCAAGUCACAGCUCUCCCUACCUAAUUGCCUUUCUCGUGGAUAUCUAUGAAGACAUGCUAGAAAACCAAUGUGACAACAAGGAGGACAUUCUUAAUAAAGCAUUAGAGUUAUGUGAAAUCCUAGCUAAAGAAAAGGACACUAUAAGAAAGGAAUAUUGGAGAUACAUUGGAAGAUCCCUUCAAAGCAAACACAGCACAGAAAGUGACCCACCUACAAACGUACAGCAAUAA